AGCAAGCAACAUGGCGUCGAGUGGUGGGGAACUUGGGAGCUUAUUCGAUCACCAUGUCCAGAAACCUGUGUGCGACUCGCGAGCCAAGUAUCGGGAUGGGCGACGGCCUCGCGCGGUCAAAGUCUAUACAAUCAAUUUGGAGUCUCGAUAUUUAUUAAUACAAGGAGUUCCUGCCGUGGGAGCCAUGAAGGAAUUAGUUGAGCGAUUCGCAUUGUAUGGUGCCAUCGAACAGUAUAAUGCUCUAGAUGAGUACCCAGCGGAAGACUUCACCGAAGUUUAUCUGAUUAAGUUUCUGAAUCUACAGAAUGCAAGGACAGCCAAGAAAAAGAUGGAUGAGCAGAGUUUCUUUGGUGGGUUGCUUCACGUGUGCUAUGCUCCAGAAUUUGAGACCGUUGAAGAAACUAGAAAAAAGUUACGAGAUAGAAGGGCUUAUAUAGCACGAACCACUACAAAUAAAGACAACUCCAGGACGAAGAAGAAACAGGCUACUGAGCAGAGAGACACAUCCGAUGGCAGACGGGUCUUCCACUCCGAGACGCCUGGAUUUGGGGUGGCUGAGGUGAACUCUGCCACCAGAACCUCAAAUCCUUAUCCGUGCGACUUGCCUUCAUGUUAUCUCACCUGUCAGUGUGUGUGCUCGUCACAGGGGCACGGGGACAGAGCAUCCCACUUCUCUCCGGAUGGCAGAGGCCCCAGCGAAACGGUGGGACGUGGUAACCACAGCACCUCAUUGCAGCAAACACAGCUGAAAACGCUAAGGACCCCGGUAGCCUGCCUGGGUGCACAGAAGGCUCUCCCGCUUUCAGAGGCAAUUGAUAGGUUCAUGCCCAGGACAACACAGCUGCAGGAGCGGAAAAGAAGAAGAGAAGACGACUGUAGGCUUGGCACUUGUGUUGAUGCUAGCCGGAGUCACAAUGAAGUUAUGAUUGGACCUCAGUUACCAGGCAUUCCGAAAGUUGAUAUGCACGAUGACUCGCUGAAUACAACGGCCAAUUUAAUUAGGAAUAAACUUAAAGAGGUAAUUCUACCUGUGCCCACACCUUUGGCGGACAAACUGGAAGACGUGCGUAGUAGAAGUCGUCCAUUAAAACAAAGAAGAAGAAUAUAGACUACCAACAGUAAAUUAAUGUUUUCUAAAAGGAAUAUUUAUUUUUCAAUUUUUAAUGUCCCAUUUUAAUUCCCGUAGAGGUUUGACUGCUGGUGUUGUUUGAUGCACUCUUUUUUGUAGUUUCAUUCAGGCUGUUUAUUUAAUACAUACUGUCAUCUUUUGAAAUUAUAUCCCGUCAUUCCUUAUUUUCGUGUUAAAUAUCUUAAUAUUGUUAUGUAACAUUACCUCUGACAUUACAAUUGCAUGUCAACAAAGCGAAUCCAAUGUAGGAUCUUCGCAAUAUAAAUAAAGUAGGGAGCCAGGGUAUCUCUGUGGUUUUCUCAAUGAUGUGGAAAGUUCCUCAACAUCAAGUGAAGUGAAGGCCUGUGAUCCGUACUCAGAAAUCAGAAGUGAUGAUACUUCUGAAUGUCCGGGCUUCAAAAUCGAGACACUUCUGUAAAGUAAAAAAGUUAAUAAUGAACGAUUAGAACAAAGCUGAAAUAGCAUUUUCCAUGCUCUAAGGCAGGGGUCCUCAAACUUUUUAAACAGGCGGCCGCCAGCUCACUGU